AUGAAUCUCCCCUCUCUGGUUCUGAGCCUCCUCGUGGGCGCAGCGACCCUCGUCUCGGCCGAUCUCGUCGUCACGCCUAUCAAUCAAAACGAGGUCGUUGACAAGGUGAAGGGAGACUGCUUCUUUGGAGCUGUGACGCCGCAAGGCUGCGGAUUUCUGCGAAAGUGA